AUGAUGAAUCCGGAUUACGAGUUACUGGCCAACAUAACCGCACAAAAAAUUGUUAAUUCGGAGGAGGUUCAGUGCUUCGCGGAUCUCCUUGUGUCGAAGAAACGCCGACCCACUCUGAUAGCUCAGGAGCUUGCGGCCAGCGUGGUCAACAACAUCUCGGCGUUGGUCUUCGGGCGGCGAUACGAGGCUGGCGACCCCAAAGGCCACUUUGUCGUGGGGCUGCUCAGGAAGUUUCUGCGCCACGCGAACUUUUUCGUUUAUGGACUUCCUGCCGGUAAUCGCGCCCUGUCCACCUUGAUACCAAGCUCGAGGUUCCAUAUCAUGAAUCACGUGUUUACGGAAUUGGCACAGCUCGUGCGAAGCGAAGUAAAGAACCGCGAAGGAAGAAUGGAAGAACAUUUUGAUAGGGAUUUCGUUGACGGAUACAUGAGGAAGAUUCAAGAAAACCAAGGCAUCAACUCCAACUACAAUCUUCGAUACCUGGAAGGGCACAUGAUCAAUUUCUAUGGGGCCGCAACCAAUCCUGUGCGAAGUGCCAUCAUGUGGAACCUACUCAUCGCUGCCAGUGACCCAGACGGCCAACAGGCGCGCGUGCAGCGUGAGAUUGACGCCGUAGUGGGCAGCCAGAGGGCGCCAGUGUGGGAGGACAGGCGGCAAAUGCCGUUCACCAUAGCCGCCAUUUUGGAGGCGCUCCGCUGGAGGACACUGACGCCACUCGGCAUACAGAGGGCUGCAGGGAAGGACACAUAUAUUGGCGGGUACGAUAUUCCUGCUGGCACCACAGUGGUAGCCAACUUUUGGUGUCUUCACAACGACCCGAGGCAAUGGCCCGGACCCUCUAAGUAUGAUCCGACUCGUUUUCUCAACACUGAUGGCACGGAGGUCAUCGACAAGCACCCGGCAUUUCUGCCUUUCAGUCUCGAUGACACUUCGAGAGUUUGGGAGAAGACCAACUGUGGCCGUUUUGGCAACGCAGGCCAGGCUUCGGUGUGCGUAUUCUUCCCAGUGCACUUGCCAUUUGAAGAUGAUGUGCACGGCCUGGGUGGCAGUGGAGGAGCUGACUGUGAUUAA